AUGGCAUUAACACCAAUGGAAAGAUUAAAACAAGAUGUUUAUAACGAUGAUAAUCCAGUUGGUAAAAUAGAAGCAAAAUCAAAAGUAAAAUUUAUAAAAGAAGAAGGCAAUAAAGUAAUAUAUCAAGGUGUAUACCCAGUUGAACCAUUUAGAGAAGGAGCAAGAGGUACAUAUGGAGGAGAUUUUUUAUCACAAGGUUUAAAUGCAGCAUGGGAAUCAGUAGGUAGAGAAAAUUUCCAACCACAUUCAUUACAUUCAUAUUUUGUAAAAGCAGGAUCAAAUGAAAGUUUAUUAAGAUGGGAAGUUUUAAAAAUUAGUGAUACAAGAAAUUUUGCAAAUAGAAUAGCAUUAGCUUAUCAAGAACAUACAAAUGUAUUGGUUUUCACAUUACAAGCAUCUUUCACAAAGGAUAACGAUUUAAAUGUUAAAGAACAAGAAUAUCAAAAAUUAUUAAAAAGUGGAUCAGAUAUUAAAAGUUUACCUUUCAAUUUUAAAAGAAGUCCUAAUCCUAAAUAUUUUAAAUUUAAAGAUGAAGUUGAUGAUUUACCAUAUUUUGAACAUACAAAUGGUAAUCUUGCACAUGCUGUACCACUUGAUUUUUUUAAUAAAACUAAAAAUUUUAAUAUAAAUUUAAUAGGUGAUGUUGAAUUGGGAAUGUUUGUUAAAUUUCUUGAUGAUUAUUCUUUGGGAGAAGAUAAAGUAAAACUAUCAUUUUUAGGUUUAACUUUUGCAUCAGAUGCUUUAUGGUUAGCAACUAUAAUAAAAGCAAUUGGAUUACCAUUAGAUAAAAAUGAAUCUGAAUUUUUCAGAGUAAGUUUGGAUCACAUAUUAUAUUUUCAUGAUUUGAAUUUUGAUUCAAGUAAAUGGUUAUAUUUAGAUUAUAGAUUUAUUUCAAUGGGUAAUAAUAGAAUUUUAGCAGUGGUCAAUUUUUAUACAUUAGAUGGUAAAUGUAUUGCCACUGCCAUUCAAGAAGCUUAUGGAUUUAUUCCAAAACGUAUGGUUGAAGAAAGUCAAAAAUUACAUGAGAAAUAUAAUGGGAAUUCACAAUCAACAGCUGUUGCUAAAUUAUAG